AUGUCCGACGAAGAGGCACUUGACCGUUUCCAACGUGGUCUCCACCCAACUAUCCGUAUGCAGGUGUUGACGCGUUUUCCAUCUUCGACUGAUGAAGCCAUGAAACUUGCGCUGGCUGUUGAAGGUGCACAGCAAACAAGCCAGGCGGUGCUGCAAGAAGCCCACGGAUUUCCGGUAGCACAACCCCAAAUGCGGCAACACCAAUAUGCUCAGCAACCCCAGCUUGUUCCUGAGUACCUCCGCUCCUCUGGUGUGGCACCCAUGGAUUUGGAUGCUCUGCGCACAAGGUCCCCUGAGGCAUGGCAAGGUCCCCGUAGUGGUGGUGGCAACUGGCGACAACCGGGAUACCGCCGUAACAAUGAUACUGACAAGGACUGUUACAAUUGUGGCGGCUGGGGUCAUGUGUCUCGCAACUGCCCAUCUCCUCGCCGCAAUCGCCAACAGCAGGGUCGUUAUCCAGGCCAGGGAAAAGGCCAAGCGCGUCGGGAUUAA